AUAGUGCUAUAGUGUGUGCAUACAUGCAAAUGUCACGACUGUCUCGUUGCAGUUGAAGAUUGAAGGUUCUCUGUAGAAAAAAUCCGAUAAAAAAAAGAAAAAUCGCCAAGAGUCAUCAACAAACCACAAACAUGUUUCAGUUUGGAUUCAAUAUGUUCCCGGAGAUUCCGCGGCCCUUCAAUACUCAGUACAAAUGCUUCUCAGUGUCGAUGUUGCCCGGGACCUAUCGCCAGGACGUUGAACGUGGUGGCAAGAUAAUCAUGCCACCAUCUGCUCUGGAGCAACUCACUAGGCUCAACAUUAUUUAUCCAAUGCUAUUCAAACUGACCAACAAGAAGACGAAUAGAAUUACUCAUUGUGGUGUGUUGGAGUUCAUUGCUGAUGAAGGCAAAGUCUAUUUACCUUACUGGAUGAUGCAUAAUCUUUUGCUGGAGGAAGGUGAGCUACUGAACGUAGAGAGCGUGUCACUACCGGUCGCGACAUUCUCUCGCUUUCAGCCGCAAUCAGAGGACUUUCUGGAUAUCACAAACCCGAAGGCCGUAUUGGAGAACGGUCUGCGCAGCUUUGCCUGCCUGACUACUGGCGACGUGAUUGCAAUCAAAUACAAUCAAAAGAUCUAUGAAAUGUGUGUGCUCGAAACCAGACCUGGUCCAGCGGUCAGUAUCAUUGAGUGCGACAUGAACGUGGAGUUUGCGCCACCGGUAGGCUACAAAGAGCCAGUAAGAGAGGCCAAGAAGGAAGAAGAAACAGAGCAUCUGGCCGAUUUGAUGCCGGCGCAGACUGGCUUUGUACCUUUCCAGGGCGAAGGCGUUCGGUUAGAUGGUAAAAAACGUAAGGACGCACCUAAGCAGGAAACUGUAGCUACCAAGCCGACUUACGUUCGUGGAAUACCCGAUUAUGAUUAUCAAAUAGGCACUCUCAGGUUCUUGCGAAACAUGAAGCCAGUGAAUAACAAAGAGACGAAGGAUCCAGACGAGUUUAAGGCGUUUACUGGCGAGGGAUUUACUCUCUUAAGAAAGUCCAGAAAAUGAUAGAGCAAUUGUUUAUUAUUUUUAAUUUAUAAAUGAAGAUUUACAAGAGCGCUCGCCGGAAUGAAUGUUGCAUUGUGGAAUAUUCUUUUUUAUUAUAAAAAUAUAAUUAAAGGAUAGUUAAUUUUUGCUUCAA